CACACACUUCUUCCUCACAUGUAUAUUUUCAAUUUCGAAUCAUGUUUACUCUUGCAUGUUCGAAUCUUCGUUUGCUCAGUUGUAUUAUGCUUCCUCUUAAUCUUGUUAUUAACCAAUGCUUUUUCAGCUGACAUCAUCUCCUGCGUCGAGUUCAAUCACGACGGUGAACUGUUGGCUACCGGUGACAAGGGUGGUCGAGUUGUGAUUUUCCAAAGGGAUCAAAGCAAUCAGUUCAUCAACGGAUACCGGAACACGGAAUACAGCGUAUAUAGUACCUUUCAGAGCCAUGAGCCGGAGUUCGACUAUUUGAAAAGUUUGGAAAUAGAAGAAAAAAUCAACAGGAUUCGAUGGCUAAAGAGAAAGAACAUUGCUCAUUUUCUCCUGUCCACUAAUGACAAAACUAUCAAACUUUGGAAAGUGUCCGAACGGGAGAAACGGGUCGCGGAAGGAGGCUGGAAUUUGAGAGACGAAUUAGGUAAUCCCAUGGCCCACCCACCCUCCCUCUCUCAGCUGAAACUGCCUCAGCUGAUCCCAAUUGAACUGGUGGUCGAGGCGUCGCCGCGUCGCAUUUACGCGAAUGCUCACACCUACCAUAUCAACAGUAUUUCGGUGAACUCUGAUCAAGAGACGUACCUGUCGGCUGACGACCUGAGAAUCAACCUUUGGCAUCUAGAAAUUACGAAUCAGAGUUUCAACAUUGUCGAUAUCAAACCUACAAACAUGGAAGAACUGACGGAAGUGAUCACGGCCCAAGGGUACAGUUCGCCUGUGCGACAUGCGGCAGCGUGCUCUUUUUUUUUUACAGUUUUCGAAGAGGCCGAGGACCCGGCGCAUAGGACGUUUUUCUCCGAAAUCAUCUCAAGCAUAUCGGACGUGAAAUUUUCCUUCAGUGGCAAGUACAUGCUAACCCGGGAUUACCUUACCGUUAAGGUGUGGGAUCUCAAUAUGGAAUCUCGGCCAGUCGAAACUUAUAGUAUUCAUGAAUACCUCCGUUCUAAACUCUGCGCGCUCUACGAAAAUGACUGUAUAUUUGAUAAAUUUGAAUGCUGUUGGAGCGGCGGAGACAGCCACAUUAUGACCGGAUCGUACAACAAUUUCUUUCGCGUGUUUAAUCGCAAGACCGGUGCCGAUGUCACCUUAGAAGCGAGUCCAGAAAUCGCCAAACCUCACACAGUCCUCACGUCAAAGAUGAUAUGUCAAGGAGGCAAAAAGAAAAACGAAGAAAUUUCGCCUGAUUGCUUGGACUUUUCGAAAAAAAUACUUCAUACCGCGUGGCAUCCAUAUGAAAACAUUGUUGCUGUCGCAGCUACGAACAAUCUUUACAUCUUUCAAGGCCGAUUUUAG